AUCGUGCCACCUUAAUUGUGACGUCAUUCACAAAACAACCCGGAGACCAGGAAGUGGGACUCCUCAUCGGUACGACACCCUGUCAAAUCUCCUCUUUAUUCGUUGUUUUUGUUUAUUGUUUUUUUAGCACAGCUUUUACGAUAGGAUUUUUGUGACUUAAUGGAGAAUGGAGGACCAUCACAAGAAGAUUCUUCAGCGCUACAGGAUAAAUAUUGUCACGAGUUUGGACCCAUCAUGUCUCUAUGACCGCCUGCUUCAGAAAGGGGUUUUUACUCAAGACAUGAUCGAGAAAAUAAAGAGCUCAGGAACAAGACGGGACCAAGCCAGGCAACUGGCGCGGGACCUGCCGACCCGUGGGAGUCGGGCCUUUCCUCUAUUUCUGGAAUGUCUUCAGGCUUCAGAGCAGCACACUUUGGCAGAGCUCCUCCAAAGUGGAGCACCUGCGGUUCAGGGGUCAAUGUCCAACCGCCUCAUUCACCCUGUUGUCCGGACUCUUCCAGUUUCCUCUACAGUGGAUUUCCAGACGCAAGUAAAGGCUCCCCCUGUACAUCCAAUACAGACUCCCGCACCACCUGAUUCGGAGAACCUACAAGCUCAGAUGCGAGUCAGAACGCGCAUGCAAGGCAGGACACGGCGGGACAGCCUUCAGAGCUACAAAAUGGACGCCAGCCCGUGCGGACACUGCCUCAUAAUCAACAAUGUGGAUUUUGAGCCACAGAGCGAGCUAAGUAACCGCACGGGGUCCAACAUCGACUGCGACAGGCUGGAGAGGCGAUUCAAAGCUCUCCGCUUUCUCGUCGAAGUGAGGACAAACCUCAAACACCGACGGAUCAAACACGAGUUGUCGGAUUUAUCGAAGAAGGACCAUUCGCCCUACGACUGCUGCGUGGUCAUCAUUCUGUCUCAUGGGACGGAGGUGAGUCACAACCGCUUCCCCGGUGCUGUUUAUGGGGUCGACGGCCGGUAUGUUCCUGUGCAGCACAUCACAAACUACCUCAACGGGAAGCACUGUCCCUCCCUGCAGGGGAAACCAAAGCUUUUCUUCAUCCAGGCCUGCGGAGGAGGUGAAAGAGACAGAGGCUUCGAGGUGCCGUCCGACGAGGCGGAACCGUCGAGUGGCGGAGCCGAUGACCAGACAGACGCCAUCCCCGCGUCCUCCAGCAGCGACUCGCUGAGCACGUCUGAUGAACCUGACGCCGGCGCCACACUGCCCACCCCGAGUGACAUUCUCGUGUCCUACUCAACUUUUCCAGGUUACGUGUCUUGGAGGGACCCACAGUCGGGUUCCUGGUACAUUGAAACGCUGGACCGCAUUCUUGAGGAAAAUGCUGCCACUGAGGAUUUGGUCACAAUGUUAAUGAUGGUUAACAAUGAAGUCUCCCAGAACUCUGCAAAAGGCAUAUAUAAGCAAAUGCCAGGUUCCUUUAACUUCCUUCGGAAACAUCUGUACUUUCAAACCUCAACGCUGGGACAAAAUUCAUCUGAACAAAUGUAAUUGUUACUGUACAUACUAAAAACAA